AUGACGACUUGUGCUCUCGACCUCUCUGAUUUUAUCGAUGUAUCUCAGCUCCCAUCUGAGCCUGGCUUAUAUUCAGACCUCCGCGUGGACUCCUUGGGAAGUCAAGCAGCGCUGCAGCCGUUGCCAAUCUGGAGGGCAUUGAGAUGCCAGAAUGAACCCCUGGAGUUGCUGAGUGACACCGAUGAGUCACCCAAGCCUGCCGCCGCUGCCGCCUUCUCCGCGUGGUCAGACCCCACGGAUGUGUUUCUCAGCAACGGCCACCUAUUUGCAAGGUCCCCAUCUGCUUUCGAUAUCUUGUCGGAGCCAAGUGCACAUGGGCCCAUGAGUGACGUCGCCUCAGCAGGCCAGAUCGGUUCGGGCCUCCCUGGGCCAGUUACAACGCCAUCCGAUCAGGAGGCCAACGAUGACAUUCACUUCAAGGAUGCACGCAGUGGUCACACUAGGACCAACACUUCGUCACCCGGCGCAGAUACACAACUCGUGUCUAGCGUCGUUGCUCCUGAUUUACACGAGGUAGAUCAGGAACAAACCACAACUAAAUACGACAAUCACAUCCACGAUACCUCAGUCGAAGACGAGGUGCAUCAAAAUAACCUGGAUGCUGCAAAAGCUGCAGACGACGGCGAGCCCAGCUGUAACGACCAGGAGGCCAUCGACAGCACCCCGUCUUUAGCUGGACUGCCUUUGGCUACCCCUCUCUCAGACAGGUCAUUGCCUAACUCUCACCCUGGCGCAACAGCACUGCACAAGGCCCCACAAUUAACGGAGCAUCGAGCUGAAGCGACAGGGGUGAAUUCGGAACAUUCCCUGCGGCGCAGUACUCGCAAGCGCAAGAGGAUCGAGCCCGCACCCCACAUGGUGCCCGUCGUCCCCAACCACUUUAUCCGCCCGCCAAAACCGCUACCACGAUUGCCUGCGACACAUAGAUACAAGCAAGCAAUGCCUUGGAUGGAACGGCGUCAUGUACCCUUGCCAUCGCUGCGGGAGCAAAUAUACGAGGCGCGACGCGGUAAAGCGGCAUAUGGACGACAAGCCGAAUUGCGCGUAGGACGGUCGUGCAAAGGCGAGCAAGAGCGGAAACAAGUGAAUGGACACUUGCACGAGAACACAAUGGAAAUGCGGUUCGAAAAUAACGGUGGCCAUAUGCUCCUCUACAACCCCAAGCUUGAUAUUAACUACCUCCCGAUAUUACCACGCACCUGCGUGGUCACUAAGAUCCCAAGAAUGAAAACAUGGCCCGCCGCUGCCCGUGCCAUACCACAGCAACAUUUCAGAGACCAUGAAUGUGACCUCUGCGAAGGGCAAGUUCCGUUCAACUGCAGCAAACGAUCUAGCUUGUUGACCGUACCCGACGUCUCAGGCGCAGAGAUUCCUGGAGGAUGGAGAGAACAUAUCGCAUCACUGGAAGCUAGGAAACGUUGCAAGACAGCGCUAAAGGACGACGGAACGGAGCACGGCGCGGACGCAAGAACAGCGGCCAGAGGCGGCGAGCAUACUGCCCUGCCGCACAAUGUCGGGGCACCAUCAGGAUAUAAGGCAUGGCUGGGCACCACUCGGGGAUGCCCCCAACACCUCGCUCUUGUCUUAUUCGCGACACGCCACUCGCCCCUCGCCGAGAUGUUAUACAAUCCCAUUACCUCCUUCGCUACAUAUCCUCUCGACGGUCCUCUUGAUGCAUCUGACAUUACGCUUUCACUUGGGCAGGACAUGCGCCUACAUUCAUCGUCACCUCCGCAGGCCGAGCAGCCGGUCGGUGGUUUCCCCACUCCAUGGAUAACCGAAAACUCGUACCUCGAUGUCAUGCGUCCCCCCGAGGACGUGUACACACCUCAAUGGCACCCAGAUGUCCAGUCUGCUGUACUGUGUAACGCGUACGAUGCGAUGCUCUUCGCGUCGAAAUACGGGUCGGAACACGUGAUCGAUACGGCAGAAUGCCUGCUCAGCCCUCCCAUUGACCCAACGCUCAUAGCUCACCCGAGGAGCUAUGAGAUUGCAUCGGCGCUGGACGAUUUUGCGCACGCUGCCAACUCUCCCGACACGCUGCCGAAUGUCUCGACGUGCUCAGACGCCACUCUGUCGGGGUACUCCCCUUCCCCUUCCCCAUAUGCUACCUAUUCUUCGUCAAAUAGCGACAAUGGCGCGUGCGACUACAAAUUUACGUGCUCUCUGCUCCCAAGGAAUCUAUCGUCGGCCACCACAUCUCGCAAGAAACGCAGUGUCCCUUACCAUCCCUCUCGCCCGCCAUCGUCCACUCUCACCUCAACGUCCUCGCCAUCGACUUCGCAGACGCGCAAAUCCAAGGCACGGCGCCCGCCCAUUCGCGUCCGCAGACGCAACGUCCAAAUCGGUGUCGGCACGAUCGUACCAGAACCACGGGCUACACGUGUUCCUAAAUUGGUCCAGUGCACGGUCGAAGGGUGCGGGAAGGUGCUGACGAAGGGCGCGAUGAGGCGGCACAAAGAGACGCACAGAAAGCAGGACAAAUGGAGGUGCUGUGGAAUCCCGGUCGAGAUGGUGUUCGGGACGAUGAAUGCGGGCUCAGAUCGACGGAUGAUCGGUGGAUGCCCGCUGGUGUUCAGUCGGAAGGACGCGUUGGAGCGCCAUCUGAAGAACCCCAAUAAUCCUUGUAUUGGCGAUGUGGAGCGCGCGGAGCUGUUGGGAUGGUUUGAGGACGCGAGCAAGGAGUGA